GAAAGAGGGGAAAGCAAACAAUUUUCAGGCCCGCCGCGUCUAGCAAAAAAUAUGAGAAAAAAAUUAUUAAAAAUUCGGAAAAUAGUUGAAAGUCAAGAAAAACUCGACAGAAAGGAUGUUAAAGCGUCCGGGGCCCCUGAGUCCGGGCGGUGUUGAGCACAUAAAACUGGAGAGAGUAAUUGCAUCAGUACUAGUCGGGCACUGCGCCCCUGUCCAUGUAACUGGUCUGCCUUAGGGUGCCAUGGCCACGGGAACCCAGGGCCACCGCGACCACGUCCUGGAGAAAGCCAAGCUCGCACCACCCACAGGGAGGCGCAGGAGAGCAGAGGGGAAGCAGAAGAAGAAUUUCCCCUGCCAGGAGUGCCAGAAAGCUUUCAACAGUCUGGAGAAGUUGAAGGUGCACUCAUACUCUCACACAGGAGAAAGACCCUACCGCUGCUCCCACCCCGACUGCACCAAGGCUUUCGUCUCCAAAUACAAGCUGCUACGGCAUAUGGCAACUCACUCGCCAGAAAAAAACCACAAGUGUUCAUACUGUGAGAAAAUGUUCCACCGCAAGGAUCACUUAAAGAAUCACCUACACACUCACGACCCAUACAAGGAGGCAUUCACCUGUCAGGAGUGUGGCAAGAGCUAUAACACCAAGCUGGGCUUCAAGCGCCACCUCGCCCUCCAUGCCGCCAACAGUGGAGACCUCACCUGCCAAGUGUGCCUGCAGCCGUUCCCCAGCACCGGAGUGCUUCUGGAACACCUCAAAACACACGCUGGGAAGUCCUCUGGCGGGACCAAAGAGAAAAAGCAUCGCUGUGAGCAUUGUGAGCGGCGAUUUUACACCCGUAAAGAUGUGCGGCGCCACAUGGUGGUGCACACGGGACGCAAGGACUUCCUUUGUCAGUACUGUGCCCAGCGGUUUGGUAGGAAGGACCACCUGACACGUCACGUGAAGAAGAGCCACGCCCGGGAGCUGCUGAGGGUAAAAACUGAGCCAGCUGAUUUGCUGGAGCCCGUUGUCUAUGACUUGGCGUCUGGGGGCAUCAAGGGUGAGCUCCCGGGCAUGCUGACACCGAGGCCACACCAGCUCAACAUGUACACAGGCCCCGUCCUGGACACAGAGCCCUUCCCUAACCCUGCACACCCCUUCUCUUUAAAGUACCCGCUGGGCUCCAACUUUACCUCAUACACCGUCUCCUCACAGGAACGGGAGCAGAAUCUAAAGGGAGAACUGGAGACCUACCUGAUGGAGCUGCAGAGCAGCAUGCCCUCCUCAUCCUCUGCAGCCCAAGAACCCCAACUCUCCACCUCCAAACUUGAGUUGGAGUCUCAUGUGGGCGUGCUGGAAGAAGCGAACGAGGAAGUGUCCUUGUCCAAAAUUUCCACAUCAGUGGCAGCAGCCUCUGCGGCAGGCGACUCGCUGGCCUCAUCUUCCUCUCUGAUGGACUUCUCACAGCUUUUCAACUUCCUGCCGCUGAACGGGCCGCCGUACAACCAGGCAGGGGGGAGUGGGGGUCAGGGUGUCGCCUACCCACCCAAUGAAGAGUCCACACCUCUUGUCCAGCUGCCCCCCCAGCCCCCCGAAGGCCCAGAGGUUGCAGAGAGUCCACUUCAAGGGCUCCCCUCCUCCUUCAUAUCCAACCUGAGCACACCCACCACACUGCCCCGCUUCCAUCAGGCUUUUCAGUGAUCCAGUAUGUACUGCGCCUGGCACACAUGCACUCUUAACACACACAUACUGACACACAUGUCCAGCUACAUGUCCACAACAGCCUCAACAAGAUGCCAGCAACAUAUGUUUGAAGAUAUUAGCACCUCUGUCUUUUCAGUAUGACAACAUGAUGAUCAGCGCACACACAGCAGCAACACACACAAACACACACACACACACACACACACGAUUUGGCUCAGUCAGAUUUGUAACGGCUGCUGUUGGGAUGUCUUCUUCACUUAUCAGGCCUUUUUAUUGAAAUUUGGCAAAUCAUCACCUCCACUAUUCACUAAAGCUGUGUUCACAUUGUAAUAGAGAAACAAGCUCUCGCACUGUUUGUGCAUUGUUGCUCAGCGCAGGAUUCUUGGGGGGGGAGUGGUCUGUGGAAAAUAACUUUUUUGGCAAUUUUCAAAUACUUAGUGUUAGUUUCUUGCACUUUGCAAUUUUUUAUAACCUCUCAUGUCCUCCUCUGAUUCCCACACAAAAUGACUUUCCUACAGGCUUCAGUGUCCAUCACAGUGUGUCUUUAAUUGCAGCACAAUCAGUAGAACGAGCACAGCUUGUGUUCACAGUGCAACGAAAAUGAGAAUUUCAGUGCAGCCCUGCUCUGUGCACUGCGCCACAUACAUCAACACAGGGCAGUCACCAAGAAGAGAAAAAAAAACACACACACACCGCCACACAAUAUAAUGGAGCAACAGCAGUUUUUCCACAGUAAUGUGAACAGAGCUAAUGAUGACAGCCAGAGCUGUGUCAGUUUAUAAAUUAAUUUGGUUUUUUUUGGGAUUUGGAGAGUUUUAGAUGAAUUCUAACAGUAAUGAGAUUGCAGUGACAUUUCCUUUUCAUACCUAACCCCCCAUUUUUUGGAAUAGAUUGACCUUAGUAUGCAGAAUUUGCGAUGUAUAUUGUUAUUCUUAUAGCACUUUGAACUUUUGUAACGUUGUCUUGCAUCACAGUUGACCUAUAUUUAAUGUUGGUUAUAUUUGGUAGGAUUUUAAAGGACCAAUCUGUAGUUUUUAGAUGUUUUAGCCCAUUUACAACAAUUUAGCAGGUCAUGUACUCUAAAUGACUGCUGACCAUUUUCCAAAGCAUACCAGAUUGUUGAAUGAAUUUUCUCGGCAGGUUUUUUCAUUCAUUUCUAAUCCAUAUGGAAGUCAACUAACUUGAGUAACAGAAUCCAUUACAGAGAUCAUGUCUGCUGUAUUUUUGUCAAUGACAUCACUGUAACGCAUGCGCUUACAGCUGCAUCACCAUGCAAUACAGUAACGUCACCUGUCAGCGGUAAGAGCAGACCUGAUGUUUACUGUGUUGGAUUACACAAGUCUCUGCAAGUUUAUUUCCAUUACAUAGAGAAAUGAUUGGAAACCAACAGCUUCACAGAAGGUAGAAAACUCAAUUAAAACAUCUCAAACAUGUUAUAAAUGAAAGUCUAUGUGAUUAGUGGUAAAUAGGCUAAAACAUGCAAAAACAAUGGCGUGGUCCUUUUUGAUCAAUACACAAAUUCGAGAGUUAAUCCACUUUAUUACAGACAAAGUACUGAGCAGGAACUACUGAGCAACAGUAUUACAAUUUUACAUUUCAUUUUGGUCGGUAGUUUUUCUGCUGGUUUGAUCUUAACUCUCCAACAGUGGGGAUAUUUUCAUCACAACUGAAAUGCAUCUUUUUAUGGAGCUUUUUAGUUCUCCAACCAAACCAAAGUCCACCAAACACAGACAGAGCUGGCUGCUAGCAGCUGAAACAUUACUUUAGACUGUUCAGGUAGCUGAAAUAGACAUAUCUCUCUAAUCUCAUCAGUGCAACAACCACAUAGAGAAAGUUUCCCGCCCUUAGUGCUGUCUCCACCACACACACACACACACACACACACACACACACACACACACACAGCAUCCCCAGUUUAGAGAGUUAAGAUCAAGCAUGUAUCUGGGUCAACAGGCAGCAGUUUCCACAAAGAAAACUGACAAAUUACGCUCUUAACCAUGACACACAAACACACAUAGCCGUUCACUGUCUCUGUGCCACAGGCUUAUCCAGUUGGAAAGGAUCAUAUCAACUACCCUAUUGGUCUUGUUGUAGGAGUGAAUACCACAGAGCUACAGCACACACAAGUUAAACCAGGCUCAGUGAGUCAUCGCUGAUGGUUUUGAACAUGUCCACUGAGCUCUUCCACUCUCCCCUUGUCGGUGCUUUAUUUCUCUAAGGUUAUAAAAAAGAAGUUGCAAAAAUGCAUAAUCGCACAGAUCGUGAUCGUGUUGCUUCCCUGUCUUCACUCAAGCACCUGUGUAUUUAGAUUUAGACUUCUAAGAAGUGUAGUGCCAAAACAACUCAGAGAGCCUCUGAUACAAAGGCUGGCCAUUGAUGAUUCAUUUCAUGCUUAAGGCUGUAAAGAGUUAGAUUGAUUUGUUUGUGAAUGUUGGACUGAAAUUUCUCUUAAGUAGUGACAGGAUGAGAAAGCAAGUAAUAAUCUCUAAGUGUUUCUAUAUGGUACAUAGUAUCAUAGUUUUUUACGUAUCAUAAAAGAUCACUGCACAGGGUGGUAUGCAAAAAUAAACCAUAUCAAUGCAAAUUAGAGACUGUGCAGAAAUGAUUGGGUUGGAGAAGGAGGCUGAACCUAAUGUUUGUUUUUUUCAAAAAGCAGCCUCCCCAGAGUUAUUCAUAUUUCAUUUGACCUUCCCCUUGACUUAGAAAAAAAAUGUCACAUCCUCCGAAUUUAAGAUGAUGUACCCCACUUUAAACAUGACAUAUCUUAAGAAAACUUUAAUUAAUCUCAAUGUGCACCACCAAUAUGCACAUAUCAGCACUUGCCUAAUUUAUGGCAAAUAUAACAAAAUAGUGUCCUGUUCAGCAAAUAUUCCAGCCACAAUAUUUAAACUCACUUAGAUCUAGAAUAUAAAUAUAAAAUAAGCAAAUUCUGUUCUUUCUCAUCCAGUGUGGAACUCCUCAGUAGUAAAUGAAGUCAUUGUAAUGCGAUGUGGAACUGCCACAGUUUGCUGCUAUUUUGGUUAUUUAGCCAAAAGAAUGGGAUGUGAAACAAAUACUCCAAAUGUUGACAGAACAUCGUUUCUGAGUGACUGUGCCACAUCUUUUGUAGUCAUUUCCAUUUACAGCGAGGCUUCUGCUGCCAUUAAAACUCAGAACGCAGGUCCCCCUGAAGCACAGGCAGAAACAAUGCAAACGCUCCAAAAUACUUCACAGUUCAGCAUCAGUUCACCGGUUUGAUGGUGAAAAUAAAUGUGCACAGCCACGUGUUCUGACUUCCUCUGGCAGGGCUCCACUUUGUGUUUAGAUUUAAGAGGAAGUCACCCAGUAAAAGAGAAAACACAUGUUAGCUCUAUAAGCUUUGACUAUAAGCUUUAUAACAUGAACUCUCUGAAAGCUAAAAACAUGACAUCGUUAACAACAGAGCUAGGAGAAACAAUGCUGUAAUGCUGUUUACACUUACAUAGUCAUUGAAAUACAAAAUUAGGACAAAGGGAAUAGCUCUAGUUCUAGUUACAUGCAAAUUUAUGCAGAGAUUUAAUAUGUAAUUGACCCUGCGGCCCCCAAAACCUCAGGCUAUAUGCAACAUUCUUCAUGAACUGCAGUCAUGUGGCUUCAUAUUUGAUUUCCCAGAAUAUAUCCAGAGUUGAUACUCAAGUUAAAGAGUAACUGAACAGUGCGUUUCACCUCCGACCCAGCCAGCAUUACUGACGGGCAUGGUCAGAAGUAUGCUUUGUUGCACGUGUAACCUCACCCAACAGUGAUGUUACGGUGUUCUGACACACCCUGCAGUACACUUCUACGUCACUGCAGCAGGGUGACAAAUGAAACCACUGGAGGUCAACAUCAAGAUCUUUUUCAGCUGCUGUCAAGUUGCUCUUUAAUGAUAACAGCUAUUAAAUAUUAGCAUCUCACAGUACGUAGACAAAUGUUGCAACCUAUUCCACUGGAGAAUGGUAUUUCCAACAAUGUGAUGAGUAGUUCCGAAGUUCAGAGCAUACAUAUAUGUGUGUGUGUGUGUGUGUGUGUGUGUGUGUGUUAGUGUGUGUAUGUGUAAAAUAUAUUUUCAUUACCUUCAAAUGUUACGUUGGCUUGCAUGGCAUUAUUUUUCAUCUACUAUAUUAAGUUAGAAUAGAUAUUACAGUCAAAUCCUUUGUGUGUCACUACUGCACUCUAACAUGAUGGAAGCUCAUAAUUCCUAGAUAUCGGCCUGUCUUACUAACUACAGACAUCACAGUGUUCAUCCUAAAGCUUCUCUGAAAGGUUGUUAGUACCAUAUUCCUACAUACAAAAUGUAAAGAUAAAAUAUUUCAAGAUCAAAGCGUUAAUAUGUAAGAUAGCAGAACCCAUUCUAUCUCCCAGAAAACCUAGCCAUAAAAAUCCCUGUAAGCUCACAAUCAGCAGUCUACUAUUCAUUGUCUCUUACCUCAAUGUUUAUAUAUUCAGCUCUCAGCACUGUGGUUUCUAGCUUUAGAGGAGACUGAAAUGUUAAAGAUGGUAGAUUGUUUUAGGGGCAUGUGGCCAGAGAGCUGAAAAUGUGGGCAGGAAUAAUCAACCUUGUCCCUUCCUUCCUGUAGUGGUCCUGGGCUUCUGAAGCAACACUUGUAGUAUAAAGAACAACUUGACUUUUAACUUUUAAGACCUGGGCUCCUCCCCAGGUGUGAAUGUGAAGCAGGGCAGUGCUGGAAGAGAGCACAGAUGCACAGCAAAAUGAAAUCCAUUAGGCCAAAGUAUGGUAGAUUUAUACCAUUACUUACUACUUCUUGAAACUUUAAAGGACUGUGUGUAAAUUAGCUGAAAUCAGUGCGGAGGGCUCCAGCUAAACUGGGAACCCCAGAGUGUAAGGGUCUGGAUGUUUAUAGAUUGUUUAACAUGGUGGAGGAAUGUUCCAACUGCUUUGGGAACAGUAAUACACGGACGUGCCUCAAGGCUCAGGCCAGACCCUUGAAAGGGUCACUUCUCUCAAAUCACAUAAACAUAUUUUCUCAGGUGUCCCGCGAAUUGUAUCUAAUCAUGCAGAUAAUUUGAGGUGGUUUUGCUGAGUUUUUGGGAUAUCUGCCUCUGGGACUUCUACCUCCUCCCCAAUACAGUAUAGAGGUGAAUGGAAUUAGUUUUGUGCUGCUGAAACCACUGAAAAAUGACCUGUGAUAACCCAUAACCUAACUGAGGUCUGUGGAUCACCCUCAGUAACUGAGACAUUGUUAAUGAAAAAACUUUUCAUUGAUGAAUUUUUCAAAUGAAGUUGAAUUUCUGUAUUCUUUGAGCUCAGUGAGCAUAAGACCAUUCAUCUCCAUGAUAUCAGAGUGGAGGCAGAGACACAUAUCUCAGAAUGUGGACAAAUCAAACCUAAACUAUCUGUAUUGAUAGAUGCCACUUAAGGGAGGAAAGAAAAUAUGUUUGUUUUUAACCUUUUAAUUCCAAAAAUAUAAAAUUGAGAUGAAAUCUAUAUCUUUUGAACCUUAACCUUUUCAAUCCUUGAGAUGGUGUUUUUAUUAUUUUCUGCAGUCAAAUCAGGGCUUCCACUCUCUGACCAAUCAAGAGGGGUGUGUGACAACAAAACCUCUACCAGAUAACAUAUUGCACACAUGAAUCUACAUUAGAAUAUUCUUAACAUUUCUUCAAUGUAAAAGUGGGAGAAUCAGAAGCAAAAGGGUUAGCUUCCUCGGGAUUGUCUGAGGCUUUUGUUAACUGAGAGAUGAAGCUGCACCCAGCAUGGUAUUUACUGCAAAUGAAACCGAGGUUGAUGUUUGGACAUGAAUAGUGGAGAGAAUCAGUGAGCAGUAGCUGUAUUUCUCCUCAGAUUGACAGGCAGUAACAUCAGAGUCCUCAAUGAGUCCACACAGAUAGAAAUGUCCUCUUCCACCUCAUCCUCUGUCAACAUGAAGUCAUGAACAGUAGCCGCAGCGCUCAGUCACCAGUACAAACACUAUCAUAUUUUGAACCCGUACAUUGUAAGCAGAAGUUGUGCCUUAUUUCACGCCAUACUUUAACUUAUCAGCUUAUUGCUGUGAUUCCAAAAUAAUAUGGAAAAUAUGAAAGGGCGUUUUUAAAAAUGGCACAAAUAAUGGCUCUGUCAGAACAGAUGCAAAAUGCAUAUAUAUAUUUUUUAUACGUCAUUUCCCACAGGGAGCCAAUACAUACAUUUUUAUACAUUGUUUCCCAUUACAGUAACGUCCACCAGCAUCACUUGUCACUUACAAACCUCUAAAUUCUAUGAAAGAACCCAGCAUUUCCACUGAUAUGUGUCAUGCUGGAAAUGUGUCCAGUCUCAGUGUACAUGCCAUAUGUACCUUCAAUGAAGUGUUGGAACAAGCAGAUCCAGAAUAUAUAUGUGAUAUUAAGUGGAUCUUUAUGUGGAAGAUUGAGGUUUUUGAUAACAAACUGUUAUCAGAAUCAGAGAGUAGACUACAGUUUAGCUCUGAUCAUUGCUUUGACAUGUUAGUAACAGCCAUUACCUGUGUUGUACAUUCAGAUUUUUCGUUUUGCAUUCAGUAGUUACUCCAGCUGUUGCUGCUCAUAUAAUGCUGCUUAGUAUGAGUUUGUUGUUAGUCUAAAUCCAGCUAUGUGUUUUUUUUUAGCUGUUGCUAGAUAGACUAGUGACUGUAGUCGCCUUUCUCUUACAGUUACCAUUUUGCUAGCAGUCACUACCCAACAAAGUAGGGCUGGGUAUCAAAGCUCAGUACUCGGUGCUGCUUGUGUUUGUAGCGCACACUAUUGAAAACUGUCAAGUACUGAAAGCUGGUAUCAAACAUCUGAUCAGAUUCAUGUCGUUCACUUAUUCUUUGAUCAGAUAGAUCAUGAUUUAAAUCAAAUAACUGCCAAUUUAAGACUUAAAGUUUUGUAUGGCUACUUGUGUUUCAAAUGUCACAUCUAUCACAUGACUGAAGUUUCACACUUAGUCAAGUGAUGACUACUAAACAAACUCCAUUUGCUGAUAAACCAGUUUUAUAUAUUUUUAAGGAAGACAUCAAAAUCUAUCUAGUUUUGGUAUUGGUACCAAACUGUACCCAGCCCUAAAACAAAGUAACUGAGCAACAAAAAGAAUACGUGUGGAACAGACAUUUUUACGUCUUUCAGUAGACAUUGGACUGCACGCUAUAUGGCAAAAAUGUGAACUUAACAGGCUGCAAAAAAUGACGUCCAACUUUGACUCUUCCCUGUAGUCAACAACAGUAAACUGAUGGUGCAUCUUAGCUCUAUGAGCUCUAUGAGAUGCUCGACGCAUAAAUAACCCAAUAGUGUUAUCAUUUACCUCACAUACUCAUCUUGUUUUUGUACUCGGAGAUUCAAAAAUGAUGACGAACUAGAAGUGUUAAGUCGCCCUGUUGCCUCCUCUUUCCUUCCUGAAUGACAGGAUUGGGUGAGACCUGAAUGGAGACAAUAUUUUCUGGGUUGUGUGAAAUGUAGAGUUGAAUGUGUAAUGUUUCAAAGCAUUUAUGGAAGUUUGCUAUUUGUAUCUUGUGAAGGUUGUGGUUUUACAAGAGAUGUUAGCAAGCCGCUACUUUUUUUUUUUUGUAAUCAUAGCACUUUUUGUAAAUUGAAUGCCUUUAUUUCCUCCAAUACCUUAUGUUUAAAACCUUUAUUACAAAUGUAUAGAUGAUAUAUUUAGCUCUUUUAGAGAACAAUAACAUGUAAAUACAAUAUAAAAUGUUUUAUUUUUACAGGUACAAUUUUGCCAGUGUUUUUCCUAUCAAAGUGUCAUUUUUGCUUUACUUGCACAAGUGUUCUGUGUAUCUCAUUGAGGGGUCUUUUAACAAAUAAUGUACCUUAAACACAGAUAUUUUUUUGGGCAAGGUUUUGCAUAAGGCCUUCUUUGACUAUUCAACCGCUGGUUUAGAUGAGAGCACAGGCAAUAAUGAAGCUUAAAUGGACUGUUAUAUAGCACUUACUUAAAUCCUCUGGUCAUGGGUUGUUUAAUUAGUUUUUAAAAAGACAAACAGGAUAUAUGUUUCACAGGAUGGUGUCUGUUCUAUUCAGUCAUCCUCUGACCUCAGUGUGACAUCUUGAAAAAAAAUACUACUUGAUUUCGUAUUGGUUACUGUCUGAAAGCUGUUGAACACAACUUUUUUUCCAAUCAGCUAAAUUUAACUUGAUGUAUAACUUAUAUGGACUAUAUGACAGAAUCCAGAGAUUUAAUGGGAGAAUAAAAGCAACAAACUGUGGAUCAAAGGUGAAAGAAAAAAAAAAAAAAAGCUCAUUGAAGAAAGUUGAUCCAAAUUUGGAGUGUGGUAUCAGAUCAAGUUCAUAACUAAAGCUAAUCUAAAGUGUUCUGGGAUGAACAGCAAAAACAGAAUGUCUCCCACAGUCAUGUGGUGAACAGGAGAUGCUCUUCAGUGAGAGGCACAGACCUUCAGCAAUUCAUGUCAAACUUCUUUAUAAGCUUCAGUGGUACCAGUGAACUUUAUUGAAUGUGUAUGUAAGAAACACUGCAAUACUGCAAUAUAUUUUGGUAUUGGAUCAAGCUGCUAACAUACUUCUAAAGCUCCUUAAGGUGCUACAGACCUCUUUUCUAGUUCUUAAAUGUAUCGUUUGUACAAACAAAGUAUCCAGUUUAGCUGAACAGUUGGCAUGUGUGUGCCUGGUUGUACUAUAUAGCUACAUAUAUUUUUAUUGUACUGUGACUUUUGUAGUCUUUUUACAGACUUGCCUGUAAUAUCACAUGCCCCCCCCCCA